AUGUCUGCUAUCCAGAACCUCCACUCUUUUGGCCUCUUUGUUGAUGCAAAUAAGGGUGAUGCUCUGCUUCCUUCUGGCACUAAGGAUUAUAUCCAUGUAAGAAUUAAACAGAGGAACAGCAGAAAUACCCUCACUACUGUCCAGGGGAUCUCUGAUAUUUGUGAUAAAAAGAAACAAGAGAAAGCAUUUAAGAAGAAAUCUGCCUGCAACAGAGCUGUAAUUGCGCAUUCAGAAUAUGGGGAAGUAAUUCAGCUACAGGGUGACCAGCACAAGAACACAUGCCGGUCCCUGAUACAGAUUGGACUGGCCAAGGAUCACCAGCUGAAGGUUCCUGGGUCUUAA